AUGCCUCACCAUCCCGCCGAAGAGAACACUCAAUCCCACAUCUUCGACAAGGUCGCCAAAGAGUCCGCCGACUCCACGGCCUCGGACCACCCGCUUCACGAUGAAAACAAGGGUCCAUUGAAGCAGGCCACGUCCGAAGACCAUCGGAGCAAAGGUCCACAACUCUCGGACAACAUGCCCCCGGCCUCCAGCAAGGACGAUUUGAAGGCAAAGGCUCAAGAGUUGAACAAAUAA